AUGGCCCUUCGAAAUUAUUUAUACGCUAAACAUAAUCAUGAUACAUCAAUAGAUAUUAAAAUAAAUAAAGAUACUAGCCUAAUGUCCGAUAUUACAGAAAAAGUAUCUUCAGAUCCAUCUAAUCCUGAAAAGGGAAGAUCACCAAUGCGAAUAGAACAAUCAAGAAGAAGAAUAAUUAGAAUUGUCCAUAAAAAAUCAUCUAAUCAAUUAAAACCAACAAUUAAUCAUAUAGAGAAAUUAACUAAUAACAUUGAAAAUGUUCAUAUUGAUAAAAUUAAAAAGGAAAAUUGUUUAAAUGAUUGUAAUCUAUGUGAUUGUAAAAAUGAAACUAAUAAUAAAGAAAAAGAUACUCCAUUGAUUCAAGUUGAAGUUGAUAAUGGAAUAAAUGGUGGUAGUGGUGAACAUAAUGAAAUUGGUAAUAAAAAUGAAAUUGAUUUCACUUCGUCACUUUAA